AUGGGAUUAGCUGAGUCAAAGGUUUCUACAUUUGUAUCCUCAACAUCCACAUCUGAAUAUAAUAAAUCUGUUGAAGAGGAAUCUCAAGAACUAUUUCUCAAAAAUGGUGAAAUCUGUGAAGCAGAAUUAGUCAACAGAAAAUUCAAUGAUAUAUGUAAUGAUAAUCAGGGUAAUAAUUCACUGAAGAAGCAGACUAUUUCAUGGAAAACAGUUGGCGCUACUAGCAAACCAAGUAAAACGUACUAUUUGGUCUAUGAUUCUUUUGAGUGUACACCACCGUCAUCAUCGAAGAAUAACUCCAAAGUUUUCAGUGACAACAGUCAUAAUAAUCAACCCAAAAAACAACUACCUAUCAGUCAAUUAGUAAAACAACCCCUUGUAUCAAAAAUCUCGCUUACUGAUACUAACACUGAUAACAUGGAUCUAAGCAAUAACAAAUGUCAAGCCUUAACAAAAAAUUUAACGAAAACUCCUCACUGCUCACAAACGUUCUCAGCAAACAACAUAAACUCAGAAAUUUACGAUAAAUGGUCAGACACGCUUGAAAAGCAUUCACGUCAGUAUCUUUUGAAUCGUAAAUGCGGACCUCAAUCAAACUUACUUUCGUCAGAGAAAACAGGUCUUCUACAACAAGAUAUGAUUGAAUUUUAA